AUUGAGAACUAAUUUCUUCUGAGACGACCCCCAUUUGCCCUAAAAGCUAAGAAUCAGAGAGAGACCCAAACAUCGUCGUCUCAGUUCGAUCGAUUAGAAAUGGGAAAGCAGCCGGUGAGGAUGAAGGCGGUGGUGUACGCGCUCUCGCCGUUCCAGCAGAAGGUGAUGACUGGGCUGUGGAAGGACCUGCCCGGCAAGAUCCAACACAAGGUCUCCGAGAGCUGGCUCGGCGCCGUCCUCCUCCUCGGCCCCGUCGUCAGCACCUACACGUAUGUGCAAUAUUACCAGGAGAAAGAGAAGUUGGCGCACCGUUAUUAAAGUGCAUAGAUGGGCAUCCACUAUGCAGUAUAGCUCCACAUCCUUUAGCUGCAACUUUGAUGAAGUUGUGUGUCAUGAUAAGACUUUGUUAUUUGGAGUUACCAGAUUUGAGUUACUGGGAAUUUUGAACAAUGUUUGGGUUGUAAUUCUUCUUGAAAUAAAUUUGUGAAUUGUGUCAUCAAA